UUUUUGACUGUGCGCGGCAAGCAAAGCACAGGUGCUACGCGGGGAAGUGUCUGGGUCACGUGACGCAAUGGGCUGCAUGCGUGACCUUUCGUUAUUUAUGUUCUGUGUGAGUCCAUCUCAAUGAAGUCGAAUGCAAAUUAUUCCAUAAAUUUAUUCUACGUUAUUGGUCUAGCUAGUAUCUUUCAGCCAACGCAGAAUGAUGACGUUUCAAAGGGCAGCGUUUGUAGGCCUCGUCGCUCGUCGAUGACGCCACGCUUCGCGUCACUAAGGUCUCCCCAUCUCACCCCUCUCGUCUCAGCAAAGCAGCGGAAACUGUUGGCUUCAGUUAUCGGAGCUCCUCGCGCCCGUCUCGACUUCACCAUGUCUGUUUCUUACGGUAUCUGCCUGGUACUUUUGGCUGCCCUCGUUGCCGCCCAGACGCAAAUGUCGACCACUUCUCCUCCUGUCGUCACAGUGUCGUGUGCUUCCAAGUCCAACAGCAGUUGUGUAAUAUGUCUACAAGAUCCCCAUUGUUUGUGGUGCGCCCCCAGCAAACAGUGCAUGGACUACCCAGUGAAGAGCAUCCUGCCUCCCAGCAGUGUGUGUCCCCUCAGUGAUGCGAGGUGGGGUGUAUGCUGGGUUAACUUCCAGAUCCUGAUGAUCAUGUUGGUUGUGCUCUCUGGCCUUUUGGCUCUGGCCUUCCUUGUGUGCUGCCUGUACUGCUGCUGCUGCCGCCGGCGGCGGCGUCAGCAGCGAUUCAGUGACGAUGCAGAAGAUUUAAGGGCAGAGCAACAAACCAGAGGGAGGAACGCCCGUCAAAAAGAAAGGAGAAUGGAAAUGCAGUUGAGGCAUGAUAAAAUAAGACAGAAAUAUGGCAUCUCGAAGGACAAUCCCUACUCCCGCAUGGAUGAUAAGAAAUAAGUGGCGCACUUCCUCAGAUAGAAGCCCAUGCUGUUUAUCUACUCCUUUGCUAAGUAGCCGGUGUUUUAUUGGAAGUGAGCCAAUUGUUAAAGGAGACCACAACUUGAGAAAGAAGAGUUGUAUUUAACAUGAGGAUGAAGCACAUUUAAAAUGCUUUUAUGCUAAACUGUGAUCUUUCCCGUUGAAUGUGUUCGUGUUUGCCAAAUAAGAAACUAGAUGUUACAAAAUCAGAUACUGACGUUCACAGAAAUUUUUACUCCACUAAUCCCUCUGGAAAUUACAGUUCACUUAUUGUGUAUUCAGUCCAUCACAAGAUUUUUUUUCUCUGUCUGUUUAGUGCAGUUACUGACCUUUUGAUUAAUUUGGCAGCCAUGUACAUAAGAACUCUUCUCUUUGUAGAAAAAGAAAAUUGACUGAGCAAUUUUCACUCACAGGUUUGGUAAAUUACUAAAUUGGUUAGUAAUACAUCAAAUGUGGCCAACAUGCCACUGGUUGAAACACGCGACAGAGUUUAGGAAAAUUUACAAACGAGGUACAAUAUAGUUCAUCACAUAAUGACAUUGAAUUCCAUAUGUGAACUUGUAAAUAAGUAGUGAACAAUUGGGUCUCUUCUUCAUUGAUUUUGUCUAUUGCAGGGGUUUUGUAAAAUCAAACGGGUUACUGUAUGAUAAUUAUUUUGUCAUAAUCUGAUUUAGACCAUUGCACUAUUAUCAGUAACACUCCAGCAAGAUAUGAAAACCUGGAUUUGAAAUGGCAGUAUUUUCAAAUUGCUCAUGUUUGUAUGUAUGCAAACUUGUAACAUGUUUGUGUUUGAUAAAUUUAUGUCCUGUAUUGUUAAGCAAGUUAACUGUUUUAAGCACAUGAUGGAAGAUUCUUCUUCAUGUUCAAUACAUGACUUUGUUCACACCACAUAUUUUUAUUGUUUGUGUAAAAUACUAAAUAUUUCCUGGUCAAAAUUAAGUUGAACUAAACUUAGAAGUUCCCAAUCAUAUUUUUUUUCAAGAAGUUAGAUUUGUUUUUUAUUUUUGGAAAACAAGAAAUUUAAAUGGUCAUUUAAAAGGCUUAAAACUCCAGGUACCCUUAGCAAACUUUUUUUUUUUUUUUACACACAAUGUUGAUGGUGGAUUUGCUCUAUGAAUUCAGGGCCCUGCUAUAAAGGGCUUUACCUGAAAAAGAUGAGAAGCUUUUAAGUUUUUUUUUUGUUUUUUUUUUUUUCGCUGGCCCCUGUGUGAUAUCUUUAGACUUUCUACCUGGCUGAUCCAAACCUCUUGCUCCCUCUGCUUGCAAGACAAUUUAAAUCCUAAAUCUGCGCGACAGGCACAGUGGGCAUCAUGAGCCACAAAAACAUUGAAACAGCACAACUUGUGUGCAUGCAAGCAUGUUGGUGACGAAGAUGGUUUUUCCCAAAUAAAGAGUAAACAUGCAUACAUUCUCA